ACACGGGCCCCCACAGCUCUUGUGGUCCGAGAGCGAUCCGCUCCAAAGAUAAUGGCGAAAGCGGCUCGCCGCAUGACUCUCUGUGCAGGCUGCGCUUAAAGCUGAUCUUCCACAAGCUACCUCAAGAGGAACCUUGGAGAAAGACCAGGGAAUUGCUGCCGAAAUGGACGAGUAUUACUGCUACGAUGGUAUCUGCGGAGAGCGGCCAGUCGAUAAAAACCCAAGAGAGAGGAGUACAAAUUCCACGACAUGACCGCUGAAGAUUUUGUUCGCUCAGCAGCUUUGGUUGUCGUGGCUUGUCAUUCGCUGAAUAUAUAUCUGCACUACAGACAACGACGACACCUUCGGAGGCAUGAUGUACUCACAUCCGAAGCCGAAGCUGUGAUGGACAAGAGACGAUUCAGGAUGACGCGGCUGUACGCGCUCGAAAAGAACAAAUUCCUGCUCAUGAAAGUGGCGUUCACUCUGCUGCGUGAUCUGAUAGUCACGACCUUCCCAAUUUAUCACUUUGUUUGGACGAACACGCGACAUCUCGUGGAAGCCAGCGAACUUGAAGAUCGUUUCAACUUCGUUCAUAACUGCGUGUUCGGCUCGACAAUCGCUCUCGGCAACUCUUUGUUCCAUUUCCCGUUGGAAAUAUAUUCGACUCUCUACAUCGAGACCAAAUACGGACUCAAUCAGGAGACGCCAGAUAUAUUUCUGAAGCACCAGUUGACGACUCUGAUCCGCAGUCAGCUGCUGAUCUGCGCCGCUGUGGCAGGUUUCAGUCUAGUUAGCGGUAUCCUGGGAAACAAUGCCUUCCUGUUCAUCUGGAUCUUCAUUUCGGUAUCCUCGGUGCUUUUCAUAUUGUUAUACCCGAACUGUAUAGCACCCAUGUUCGAUGACUUCACGAGCCUCCCCGAGGGCUCAUUGAGGGAGAAAAUCGAGUGUCUCGCGCGGAAGCUCCGCUUCCCGCUGAGCGGCGUUCUGAUCGCUGAGGGUACGAAGCGCAUGACGCACGGGGACGUGUAUCUAUUAGGACUCUCCGUGAAUAAAUCCGUCGUUCUAGACAAGGAUUUUUAUGACGCCGUCAAGACGUCACCAACGUAUCAGAGAAGACAGCGCUCUCGGAACGACGAACUCUCAGGGUACACCGAGGAACAGGUCCUAGCGCUCCUUUGCCACGAGUUUGGACACUGGAAAUCUCAUCAUAACACUACGCAUCUCAUCCUGUCCCAAUUCCAUCUUUUCAUCGCUUUCGUCACAUUUGUAGUAUUCCUGGAGGACAAGAAUCUAUACCGAGCUUUUGGUUUCGGCAAUGAACAGCCGCUCCUGAUCGGAAUUCUCAUAGUCGCGGGGAGCUUGUAUCACCCCAUAGAUGAGUUCCUGGAUAAAGCUUCGGUGCUCAUUGCGCGGAGGUUCGAGUUCCAGGCAGAUUCAUUUGCUAAACGCCAUAAUUUCGGCUCGGAACUCAAAAAGGCUGUGAUGAUUCAAGAAAGAUUUACGUGGAAAUUCCCUAUCGAAGACUGGAUGUUCUCUUGUGCGUACAACACGAUCCCGCUGCCCCUGGAGAGAUUCCGAGCGCUUGGGAGCACAGACGAUGUGAAGGGAACGAAGCCGAGUAUACGUGAUGGCAGCUAA